UCUACUGCAGAAAUUGACGAAUGCAUCAGCAAUUAUCAUAGGUGUGAUCCAAACGCUGCUUGUCAGAAUACCGUGGGCUCAUACAUUUGCACUUGCAAAGCUGGAUUCUAUGGAAACGGAAAAAAGUGCUUUGGUAACUAUUACAGCCCUUAUUAUGUUUUCCUGACAUAGCAUCCUUCUGGACUGGUUAUACAUUUAGUGUACUAUAUUUUGUUGUAAAACUUGUCCUUUGUUUAAACUUUAUUUUCUUUUGUUUCAUACACAUUUUCAUACCUUGCUAUACCCUAAAACAAACCCAUGGCUAAAAUUAAGGCACAACAGAUAUAGUUAGUUGUCUUAGUUAGGAUUCAUCACUGACUACAUAUGUUGUCCUUAUUCCCUCCGCCAUUAGAUAUAAAUGAAUGCAGAAACAAAUCCCAUACCUGUGAUGUGAAUGCAGUUUGUACCAAUACUCAAGGGUCGUACAACUGCACCUGCAAAGCCGGAUACUCAGGAGAUGGAAAGAAAUGCAUUGGUAUAGAGUAUUCCUUAUUAGUAAAAUCCAGCUAA